AUGACCAGAAAAUACAACUCGGUGCAAGGCCUCGAUAUGCCAUGGGCCUCACAAAUAUCCGCCCAGCUGCCCAGUCCGUUCAUGCCUGUACCUGCAGCACAGCCAGUCCGAGCUCAGGCACCCAUCGCCGAUGAACCCAUCCGACCCGAGGAUUACUCUAAACCAUACUGCGAGUUCAUGACAUCCAAUCCCACAAUUUUCCACGCUGUCAAAUCUUUCUCCAAGCAGCUCGAAGAGCAUGGCUACAAGCACCUCUCCGAGCGAGCGGUGUGGACAUCGGAGCUGAAACGAAGCGGCAAGUUCUACACUACCCGCAACGGCAGCUCUUUGAUUGCUUUCAACGUUGGCUCCAAAUACGAGAGCGGCAACGGGGUGGCUAUCGUUGCUGGCCAUGUCGAUGCCUUGACCGCCAAGCUGAAGCCCGUGUCCAAGCUACCAAACAAAGCAGGCUUCCAGCAGCUCGGCGUUGCCCCGUACGCCGGUGGUCUCGGCGCUACUUGGUGGGAUCGCGAUCUUGGUAUCGGUGGUCGUGUGCUCGUCCGCGAUCCGGAAACUGGCAAGGUGGAGACUAAGCUGGUCAAACUUGACUGGCCUAUUGCUCGUGUGCCUACCCUCGCUCCCCAUUUUGGGUCUCCUGCGAAUGGCCCAUUCAACCAGGAAACCCAAAUGGUGCCUGUUAUCGGAAUUGAUAACUCUGAUUUGUUUGAUCACUCCAAGGUCGAGUCUAGUGACGCCAAGUUUGGCACAUUUACCUCGACCCAGCCUGAGAAGCUUGUGAAGAUCAUCUCCAAUGAGCUUGGUAUCACAGAUUAUAGCACUAUUGUCAACUGGGAAUUGGAACUCUUUGAUACUCAGCCCGCUCAACUAGGAGGUCUGGAGAAGGACAUGAUCUUCGCCGGUCGCAUUGACGACAAGCUCUGCUGCUAUGCUGCACAGGAAGCGCUCAUUGCUUCUUCGGACAGCACAUCGACCGGAACCGUAAAGAUGGUUGGUAUGUUCGAUGACGAAGAGAUUGGCAGUUUGCUUCGCCAAGGUGCUCGGUCGAACUUUAUGAGCAGCGUCAUUGAGCGUAUUACCGAGGCGUUCGCGAAGGACAACUACGGUCCCAACCUCCUUUCCCAGACAGUGGCCAAUAGCUUCUUGGUAUCAUCAGAUGUCAUCCACGCAGUCAACCCGAACUUCCUUAAUGUCUACCUUGAGAACCACGCGCCCCGCCUUAACGUUGGCGUGGCAGUUUCUGCCGACUCAAACGGACACAUGACUACCGACAGUGUCAGCGAAGGCGUCAUGAGGCGAGUUGCAGAGCGCUGUGGGUCAACCCUGCAGGUCUUCCAGAUCCGCAAUGACUCUCGCAGCGGUGGCACUAUUGGGCCCAUGACCAGUGCCCAGAUCGGCAUGAGGGCCAUUGACUGCGGUAUCCCGCAGCUGAGCAUGCACAGUAUUCGGGCGACUACUGGUAGCUUGGACCCCGGCCUGGGUGUUAAGUUGUUCAAGGGAUUCUUUGACCACUAUGAAGAAGUCGAUAAGGAGUUCACCGACUUUUAG